CUCUCCCCCGGCUUUCUCUACCUGUCCUUAUCCUUGUUUCCUUGUUCUCAUCGAACAUCGAACAGGCAAAAAUCUGAAAAAUAGCGUGAUACAGCACACAGCUGAUUUUCUCCAUUAUUCUGAAUCUGGUAUCGGACGGAGGAUAGGUAUCAGGAGCAAAGCCAAGGGAGUAGCCGAGACAAGCAGCAACGAGAACGUGAAGGAGAGUCUCCGAGGCAAGAAGCGACGUUUGAAUCGACGGUUUCUAUUUUGCCACCAAAAAGAUGCCUAACAUAAAGCUACAGAGCUCCGACGGCGAGGUUUUCGAGGUCGACGUUGAGAUCGCAAAAUGUUCGGUCACCAUCAAGACCAUGUUGGAGGAUCUCGGUAUGGACGAGGAUGAAGAGGAGGUUGUGCCAUUGCCGAAUGUUAAUUCAGCGAUUCUUAGAAAGGUCAUACAGUGGGCUACAUAUCACAAGGACGAUCCUCCACCACCAGAAGAUGACGAAAACAAAGAAAAGCGUACUGAUGACAUCAGUUCAUGGGAUGCUGAUUUUCUAAAAGUUGAUCAAGGCACACUCUUCGAAUUGAUUUUGGCAGCUAACUACCUCGACAUCAAGGGUCUCCUAGAUGUCACAUGCAAAACCGUUGCUAAUAUGAUCAAAGGCAAGACACCUGAGGAGAUACGUAAAACAUUUAACAUCAAGAAUGACUUUACUGCUUCGGAGGAAGAGCAGGUGCGCAAGGAGAACGAGUGGUGUGAGGAGAAGUAAAAUAGAAAAAUAUUUUGAAUGUUGAACAGUUCAUUAUUUCUCUCCAGUAAGAGUUCUUUUUGAAAAAAAAAAAAUCAACUAAUUGUGGUAAAAAUAUUAAAAUUAUGUGACCACCUUUUCUCCUCUACUAUUAUAUCCUCUACUAUUUAUUUCCACUAAAUAAACAUAAAAUAAUAAUUGUAACUUACUGUGUCUCAUGUAUUCUAUCCAGGCUUUAUUUUUUAAACUUUAGAACAACACAAAAUUCUUUGAUAUCACUAUAGUAUGAUAUAGGAGUACUUUUAUGAGUCGCUUAAUAAUGUUUUUAGCAUAAAUAUAUUAUAAAGAUUUAUUUAAGACUAAAUUAUAUAUACAGUUUAAUGAUAUAUUGAAUAAAAGAUUUUAAAAACUUUUAUUCAAAG